AUGCCGCGGAUUGACCGCCGCUGGCGUAACCUCCUUAUCCUUACGCUGCUGAUCUACCUCCUAUACAAUUACUUUCCCUCACCGCCCAAGUGGGAGAACAAUCGCUCUGCAAACCGCCCGGCGCCAGCGCACGAGCAGAGCGAAAAGCCCAACUUCCUUUACCAUUCACACUUCCGAUCGGACCCGGAUGUCCAAUUCGAGGAUCAAUUAGACCAAGCUCUGCUGAAGAUCGAGAGUCGGGCACUACCAGAUGGCAAAGCAUUUGCAAAGAACAUCUGGCAGACAGGCCCCAAGGAUGCAGAUGAAAGAGACCAUGACUGUAAACAGUGGAAGGAGCAUAAUCAGGGAUGGGAGUAUACUUACUUCACUGACAUAGAGGCUCCCGAUUUUGUCGAGUCUCUUGCCAGCAUCCCGUCUCUUGUUACUGUAUACAAAAACUACCCACUUCCUAUCCUGCGCGCGGAUCUUCUUCGCUAUCUGCUCCUGUGGUACUAUGGCGGCUUCUACGCAGAUAUCGACAUUCACCCUGUUCUACCCAUCACCUCAUGCACACCAAUGAACCCUCUCUUCAACGAGCGCCAGCAUAGAAUCUCAUUAGUUGUGGGCAUUGAGAUUGAUGAACCUUACGCCUCCCCGACCAUGAAAAAGCAGUGGCAUUGGUCACGAACUUAUGGAUUUAUUCAGUAUUCCCUUUAUGCCCCGCGUCGAUUUAGUCCAUUUCUGAGGAAGGCUAUCGUACGUGUCAUCGCGCAUUCGAUAAGACACAAUCUCGCGAGUGCCGGGAUUUUUCAUGGGCCACGCUACUCGGAGGAGGAUAUAUUAGAGGUGACUGGACCAGGCAUGUUUACGGAUGCAGUGCUAGAUGUGCUAUCAGAGUCACUACCGCCUAAUCAUGAGCUGAUCACUAGAUCUAUGAAAGCUGACGAGAACAUAGGAGAGCUGGGGAGGAUUUCCGGGGAAGGAAGGGUGACAUGGGCACCUUUCCACCAUCUAAGAGAACCCUUGUGGAUCGACGAAUAUGAGAGCGAAAGUCCAGAUGCGCAGGAUGGCGCUCGGAAUAUGGGUGGGCUGCUGGUGUUGCCCGUCAACGUAUGGGGAAAUGGGCAACGGCAUUCUGGCGCUGAGAUGUUUGAUAGCAAAGCUGCCUGUCUCAAUCAUCGUUUUGGGAGGACUUGGAAGAAAGGGUGGUGGGAGUACCUAUUUGGCUAA